AAGCCUGAAAGCAGUUUACAGAGCAAGCAUAGCACUCUUCCUACAUUGGAGAAUACCGCUGAAGAAAUCCGCCAGAGAGGUGGCAAUGCUGUGCCAGUCUACUGUGACCACACAGAUCAUAACGAUAUUGCGAAACUUUUCGAGCGAAUUCACAGAGACAAUGAUGGGACGCUCAAUAUUUUAGAUAUGGUAGACCAGGGAUCUAUUCCUUUUUUUGAAGCAGACCCAUUACUAUGGGACUCGAUAAACAAUGUUGGCUUAAGAAAUAACUAUAUAUGUUGCUGUCACGCUGCUAAAAUGAUGGCUAAGAGAAGAUCUGGCAUGAUUGUGAACAUCUCAUCAGCCGGUGGCUUGCAGUACACGUUUAAUGUUCCAUAUGGUGUCGGAAAAGCAGCUGUAAGUUUGUCUUCUUAUAUUUUACGAUCAUUGCUUAAGAUAUUCUGAAG